AUGAACGUAAUUCUCGAUACCACCUUUGACCCUACAGCACAAGGCCCUAUCACACCGCCAACAACGCCCGUGAUGCACCAACAGAGCCACCAGCUAGAAAUGAGUGAUGAUAGUAAGCUGACAGUCUCAGCUCGCCAUCUACAACGUCAUCCCCUGGUUCCUGAAUUUGCCGCAGCAUAUACUCUGGGUGAUGAACUAGGCUCUGGUGGAUUUGGAUUUGUAGUUUCAGCGACUCGCAAUUCGGACAAGAAAGAAGUUGCCGUCAAGUUUAUUUUCCUUGACAAGGUUCCCGCCCAUGGUUGGGCCAAGGAUCCGGAAUUAGGUGUGGUCCCCAUGGAGAUCUAUGCACUAAGGAAUGUGAGCCAUCCCAAUAUCAUCGGUUACUUGGGAUCCUAUCAGGAUUCAAAGUACUUUUACUUGGUCAUGGAGUUGCAUGGCACCCCUUGGUCAGCCAGCAAUCCUCUUCUCAACAAAAACAAUGAUAACAAUGGCUCAAGUAUGAUGGAGGCAAUAGCCAAGGCUACCAUGAACCAACGCAAUGCUGCUGCCGCCGCUGCAGCAGCAGCAGAGAAUGGUAGUGGAUCGGCUUCGACAACUAGCUCAGGACUGUCCUCCUUCCCAACAUCGACCUCCAGCAGCUCUUCGAGUCUGAAUCAGUUGGCAGAGAGUGAGGAACCACCCAAGGCUGCUUUGUUGGUUCGCAGGACAUCAUGCGAUCUGUUUGAGUGCAUUGAGCACCACUCCAAGUUCUCAGAAUCUCAGGCAAGGAUGAUCUUUAAGCAGAUUGUGGAUUGUGUCUAUUACUUGAACUCACGUGGCAUCUGCCACAGAGAUAUCAAGGACGAGAACAUCGUAAUCGACAAUGACUUUGUAGUCAAAUUGAUUGACUUUGGAUCUGCUGUCAUCAUCCCACCCCAAGGCAAGGUUUUUGAUCGGUUUUACGGCACCAUCAACUAUGCAUCACCUGAAAUCCUCAAGGGUGAAAAGUAUCGGGCCGAGUCGGCCGAAAUCUGGUCAAUGGGCAUUUUGCUAUACACGAUCCUUUAUGGCGAAGUUCCCUUCAAUGACCCGGUGCAGGCCAUUUCAGGGCCAUACAUCACUCCAAGAGUCCAGUCCUCGGAGGAGUGUUUACACCUGUUGAACUGGAUGUUGGCCAAGACACCCGAACGACGUGCCACGAUUACGGACGUUGUUAAUCAUCCAUGGAUUAAGAACUUCAGUAUGCUCUAG